AAUUGGGAUGGCGCUUCAGCUACCUCAUUUCGAUUACACGAAAUUUCGCGCGUAAAAGAAAGGCCAUAUGUUUGCUUCAAGAUGGACGUGAAGGUGGCUAGAAGUAAGAUCCUCUCGUCAUUUAAAAUGCAUGGCUACUCUCUUAGGAGUGAGGCCUCAAAAUAUCUGACAGAAGUCUUAUCCCCUCUAAAAAGAUCUGACUUUGAAACAUGGUUGGAGAAAAUAAUUGAAAGUGUUGAAAAGCAACCUUUAGAAUCAUCAGCCCUUGACAAAGACGUGAUUGAAUCUGCUGUCCAAGAAAUCAACCAGGAUGGCGAGGAAGAGGAUGACAAAGUGUUCAACUUGAUUGACGCAUACAGCCUUCCUAGGUUCAUCUAUAGUUCUGAUCGAAAAAAGUUUCUGCCAAACACUCAAACCAAGCCGAGUUUGCAUGGAACAGCUCAAGACAAGGCCGAUAUUUUUCGUGACAGAUAUACCAUUUUGAAGCAACGAACAAUGCGCCAUGAACUUUUUAUGCCAGCAACAGUUGCAUCAGCUAAUCAGAAUGCUUCAAAGUUUGAGCUUAAAACCCUUGAGUACCUACUUGGCAGUUCAGUUGCUUUGGAAAAUGUUAUCAUUUUGGGAAUGUUGACCCAGCUAAAGGAAGGAAAAUAUUGGCUGGAGGACCCAACAGGAGUAGUUGAAUUAGAUAUGGAGAAGGCUCUAUUUCAUACUGGUCUGUACACAGAAAGCUGUUUUGUCCUUGCUGAAGGAGAUUAUGAUGAUGGUGUGCUCAAGGUUACCGCCUUGGGGUUCCCACCCCCAGAGCCAUCCACUGUAACAAGAGCUCAUUUCGGAAAUAUAAAUUUUUUUGGUGGACCAUCACCUACAUGUGUUGCAGCAUCAGAAAAGCUUAAAAAGAUUGAACAAGAAAACCAAGAUGCCAUGUUUGUUUUUCUUUCAGAUGUUUGGCUAGACCAACCCAAAGUGAUGGCAAAGCUAAGAAUUCUUUUUGGGGGUUACGCUGAAGUUCCCCCAACCCUUUUUGUGCUCUGUGGAAACUUUUGUUCCAAACCAUAUGGAACAAAUUACUUUAAAACAAUGAAGGGUCUUUUUCAGGAUCUUGCAAAUCUCAUUGCUGAAUUUCAAUCUCUUGUUGAGAACAGUAGGUUUGUUUUUGUUCCUGGUCCUCAAGACCCUGGUCCUGGGAACAUUUUGCCACGUCCAAAAAUACCUGAAAAUAUCACACAUGCCUUAAAAGAAAAGGUCCCCUUCUCACUUUUUGCAACUAAUCCUUGCAGGAUUCAAUAUUGUACACAGGAAAUCAUCAUAAUGAGGGAAGAUAUAGUCAAUAAAAUGUGUAGAAAUUGUAUUCAUCUGCCAUCAGACUCUGAGAGUGUACCAACUCAUUUUGUAAAGACACUGCAAGCUCAAGCACAUUUCUGCCCAUUGCCUCUUCAUGUAAGGCCAGUGUAUUGGACAUAUGACAAUGCUUUACGGAUCUAUCCAUUGCCCGACUUGAUUAUUUGUGCUGAUAAGUAUGAUCCAUACAAUAUAGAGAACAAUAACUGCUUGGUGUUUAAUCCUGGAUCAUUCCCAAGAAACGAAUUUUCUUUCAAAGUCUACUGGCCAUCAUCAAGAGAAGUAGAAGACUGCAAAAUUAAUGAAUAAUCUUAAUAAACAUAAAACUUGAUUCCUGGGAAAUGAAGAUUUAUUUUAUAAGCUUUUUAGGUUGUGGAACAACUGUAUGUCUUCUAUAUUGGUCCACAUUGUUAAUGACUUGUUUUAAUGCAGUUGCUUAUUUCAAGUAUAUUAUUGAAUCAACAAAUUCUGGGGAUACAAUUAAUUGUUUAAAAGUUUAUUUCUGUUUUCUAGUAUGUACUAUUUUAAGCAUUUUUUCACAAAUUUAUCCUUGAAUGGACAAGUACAUUUGAGCUUUUACUUCAUUGUUCCCUGCAGAAAUACUUUGCCAAAACUUGGUGGCCUUGAAAAGCUCGAAAAGCACUAUAUAACCAGUUCUUUUAACAACUAAUGGUAGAAAUUGGUAAAAAAAAAAUUUUGAUGUACCAAAAAAGAUAUGUUUACUGUAUUGACAGUUCUCACUGUCUAUAUUCACUAUCUAUAUCACUAUCUCACUGUCUAUAUUACUGUAUUCACUGUCUAGCAACAUAAAUGACAUUAAAUAAUUGUCAUCUGUGUCAGAUUGAUGUGCUGACAGAUAGCUAUUGGCCUAGUUUGUUCUUUUCAACUAGAUCAGGACAGUGAAACACAGAAAUUGAAGACUACCCUUGCCAAUUUACUGAACAAGUAGCAAUUCUCUCUGUUGAGGAAAUUAGACCCUCCUUUUGAUGGAAUACUCUUGUACAUUGUUAGAGCUAUGCUAUAUGCCUGCAGGCUUCUCUCUAACAAUGCAGACUAAAGAAAAAAUAGAAGUAGGACUGCCAAGUAUCUUGUAGGUAAUUAUGUAAACAGGUAAAAUGAGACACAAUGUCACAAAUUGUCUGA